UUAUAUUUAUUUAAUUUCUUUCCCCCCCUCUCAUUUUAUAAAUGGAUAAUCGAGACAGUUUUUAUAUGCGUGAACAUCCACUGGGUUCUGGUUAUGCAAUGGACCUUGGAUUUAUAGCUGAUACCACCCCUGUCAAGUACGUUUUAGAACGCAUCGCAGCCGAAAGAAAAUGGACACCAGAAGCUAUCGACAGUGAUUGCGAGAUUCUUGAAAGAAACCGUAUCGUUCAUGUGCAAGACUUGAGAGCUUUAUCAAGAGAAAGUUGGGCUCAAAUCGAAUUACUUCCGCUCGUCAAAGAUCUUUUGCGUGGUGCUAUUGAUCCCGAGUGGAACACAGCACCCAAACCUGUAGCCAGUAACAGCAGCAGUGGUAGCAGCAGUACCGAAGAAGGCGAGAAAAAGAAGGACAAAAAGGAAAAGAAAAAGGAUAAGAAAGAGGAUGAAGGCAAGAAGAAGAAGGAGGAUGAAAAGAAAAAGGACAAGAAGGAGGAUGACAAGAAAAAGAAGGACGAUGAUAAGAAAAAGAAGGAAGAUGAGAGCAAGAAGAAGGACAAAAAGAAGGACAAGAAGAAGGACAAGGGAUUCAAAAGCCCUUCACCACUGGGAACACCUGUUGUACCAACUGUUCUUCAUCGACCUCAGAUUGAUACGAGUCCAGCCCUGAGUAAUGAAUCCAUGAUGAGUCAAGAUCGAAUCACGAUGCAGAAUACGAUACGUAACGGAAAUAUCGAGGUCACGCCUGCUUUGCCCACCAUCAAUACAACUGCAGCCUUAAACUCUUCAUCAUCGAGCAAUAGUAGUAGUGAAGAAGAUUAUGAAUUAAUGUCGCCUUCUCGUCGAAAGAGUGUUACUUUUGCAAACGAAACAGCCAUCGGUAUUGCUGCCAGUGAAAAAUCUACAGAAGAUAAAAAAAAGAAGAAGGAUAAAAAGAAUAAGAAAGAGAAUAUGGCAAGUAUAAACAAGAGUGCCACCAAUUUUACAAGUCAUCCUUAUACCACUCAUCCUGUAGUAAAAUUCAGAAAAAUGAAAAUGAAGCAUUGUAAAAGAUUACCGGAAGUUCCAAAAGAUGAUCUUUUCUUGCAACGAAUUCAUGAUCGUUUGAAACUUUCUACAGAUUAAUUUUUAAUUUUUUUUUUUGCAAUCAUAUCUACCCAUAUAUACUCUCUUUUUUUCAUAUUUAUAAUAUACUUUUUUUUUCCCCCGUGUGUUUACAAAGAAAAAUCAUAGGGUAAAAACUUGGAGCAGGUUUCCUUUAACACAAUAAAAAGAUUGAAUUUGAAGAAAUGAUUUGACCAAACAAAGGUUUUUUUAUCCAAGCAAUCAUCAUGCAAUGAGUGCUGGAUAAAAUU